AUGUUUCGACGUCAGCCGGGCUCUUUACCUAAGGACCCGAUCUUCCAGGAUGCUCUGAAAGAGACAGGACACUUUAUCGCCGACGACGGCACCAUUCGGCAAGUCAACAAGCCAAAGGAAUUCUUCGUGUUUAGGGCAACGGACAACGAACGGUUUAACGAAGUCCGCAAGGAAGCGGUGAACGGCGCAAUCCGAAAAGAGCUGAAGAAGCGCAUGAUCAAGGAGGGCAUGCAGGUUUGGUAUCUGCCGCAACUUCAAACUCGGAAGCCAAAGGAGGCUCACGUCCCCAUACUCACCACACCUCCUCAAGUCCUCCGCCGAUGCAAACGGGUUAUAGUCGUCGUCAAUGAAGAUAGUCAAGAUCUCGGUGUCUUCGCCUGGCGUGAUAUUGGCGGUGAGCCCGGUCUCGACGGCGGAUCUGUCCUAGGCAUUGUCAAGGAGCUGAACAGGCGGUUCUCUAAUCCAGUGAACUGUUCCUGGCCGGUUGGGCAAGAGUCCAGCUCCGAUAGUGACGAUACCCCGACAGCGGAAGUGCCAAGCGACUGCAACGAGGCAACUCAGGUUGCGAAAGACCUCAAGAAGAUCCACUACCCCGAUGCACCAGGUCUCAUCGUGCUGAACUCGGGCCAGCUGCGCUAUUCUCCCAAGGAAAACAGGGCCAUGAACACUAUCACCUGGCACGACCGACCACGCAAGUCAGCGCUGCACCCAAUGAGUCCGGUCGACGAGGAUUGGAACACGGUCCCCGGCCACCGAAACGCACUGCAGCAUAUCAAGUGGGUUUUCGAUCGGAUCUCCACUGACAGUAACUGGGUUUCGCCAAAGGCGGAGAUCUAUGUGGUGGCUCUGAACAGUGGCGCGAGGCAUAUGCUCCAGCUGCUGGACGAAGAAUGGCCAAAGUACAGCCGUCUCAUAACCGCAAUGGCAAUCACUCAGAGCUACGGUGUUGCUGAAAACAUCGACAACCCAGAACUGAGGUGUUUCCUCCGUCGUCGCUGCCGCGCAUGGAUGGGCUCCGACGCGCCUCUCAACGCGCCCAUCGCUCUGCCAGAGGGGUCCAACCCAUCCACCCCCCAGCCCUCAUACACAAUCUCAGAACUCUCAAACGGCAUGGACGAGACGGUGUACUACCCAACCUUCUCAACCGGCGAAUGGCUCUUCGCCGAACAAAUCUUCCCGGCCAUCCAGACGCACGUCCUGGACUGGUUCGAGGAAGUCGCGCGCGAUGCCUUCGGCUACAAGAACCCAGAGUUCGAGCUGUAUGUCGCGCCGCCGGAGCCCGAGACCGUGGAACCGGUGGAGCCUGUGGAGGAUGAGUCGGAACCGGUACUGCCGCAUGAUUCACAGCAGGGGCCCGGGACUGACGCGGCAUCAUCCACCGUUUUGGCUGAUGGGGUCGGUGUCCUGGGCGCUUUUCCAGCCUCUGACGAUGCCUUUGACUAUGCAACUGCCGACGAAGCGGAGCCUGCAUUGGGCAGUUGGGGGAAGCCGGAAUCGCCGGAGAAGGUCAUGAUCGCGGGGACCUUGGUUCCCAAGAGUAUGGCCGAGAUGGCCGGAUUAGGAGGAUUGGUGACUGAGCGGGCUAGUACACGUACCCCCGAGAUGGAUCUUGAGGUUCAGUUGGAGGACAAGGAUAAAAAGAAGGAUGACGAGGAAGGCGUGCAGGAUAGGAAGGACUCACAGGUCGUUUGA